GCCGGGGUGUGUAUGCUCAUAGUAAAACAAUUCCAGUCUUAUCACAGCAUCAUGUUGUUCUACGUUGGCCUAGCUGUCUUGUCGUUUUGCUCCUUCGUUUCUUCCACGGCUGUAAUUCAAGAAGAUCAAUCGUCUUCUUACACUGAUUGGAUAAAGAUAAGUGCAAAUCAGGUAUGCUUUGAAGGAAGACACAAUAGGCCUGGCAGUCUUCAUAACUACGUCAAAGCCGGUCUCGUAGUGGGAAUUAAACUGGUGCAUCUGUCCGGACGAAUACGUUGUGUUUCUUUAGUUGAAUAUGACAGCCGUUGGGGAUGUGGUCACUACGCACCGUUCAAACCAAAUCCUCUCAAUGUGAUUGUGACUGAUCGCUAUGACCAGAUUCUGUUCCCAAGAAAAGAGAAUCUCGGGCCUCAUCACGGUCUUUGGUAUUGGCUUCCCUUCACUCACAGCGUCGAAUCCAAAGAACUCGUCUUCACCAACUUCGGCACGCCAUUCAACUUCCCUCAGAAUGAAGAGAUGAAGAUUUGGUACGGGGAAGAUCUGAGGAACUGGGCUGAAGGAGACAAUCAGGGCCGUGUAUGUGUGGAAGUUUACGCCAAAUUCUUAAAUUAAAAUCGUUAAAGGCGGAGGGAGGUCACAGCUCCUUUUCUAGCUUGGAAUUAGAUUGUUGGUUUUAGAUUGUAAAAUGCCAAAAUAAAAAAAUCAUAAAUCUCCCUCUUUAGUUUUACUUGAUCUUCAAUAUUAUUAUAAUCAGCAAGUCUAGAUCCAGAUAUGCGUCUAGUUCCUGUUAUCAGUGAAAUACCGUCUUUUACCAAUAAAUAAAGGCAAAAUUUAAGUUGA